AUGCUGCCGCUGAAGCCGCGCUCACCACUGGGGCGCCAGCACCUGCAGCCUGGGCUGCCUCGCAGUCACUCGUACAAUGCGCUCAGCCGGCCGUCGGGCCUGGAGGGCCCGUUUGAUCGCCUGCUGCGCAUGCGCGUGAUGCGCAGCACGCUGCUACUCCUCAUCAGCAUGGUGCUGGCCACCAACAUCGUGUGGGCGGCGCAGGCGGUGGCAGCCUGGCAUCGCGGCUUGGGCCAAUCGGCCUCCAGCCAGCAGCAGCUGCUCCUCCAGCGGCUCAACAACACCACACUAUCUGUGGAGGUCAGCCGAGUGGGCGCAGGCGAGGGCGAGCACAGCACAUAUGUGGUGAAUGCUCAACUGGUGGACAGGGACAGCAGCGGCCAGGCCAGCAGCGCGAGCAAGCAGGAGGCAGCGGGAGCCGCAGCGGCGGUGGCUGCCAGCGAUGCCCCUAACAAGCGGGAAGAGGAGCAGCCACAGCAGCAGCAGCACGUGCAGGACCAGCAGGAGCAGCAAGCAAUUGGUGGUGGCCUGGUGGCUCAAUUGAAGGGUGUUGGCUCGGCGCUGGGGCUGAUUGCACCCAUCAAGGACGCCCGCGACAUGCUGCCAUCCAAGCAGCUUCGCGAUGCUGCCUGCCCGACGGCUGCUGCACCUGCUGACGAGAUGGCGACUGGGCAGCAGCAGCCGGAGGAGAUGCUGGGCGGUCCAGCUCAGGAGCCACAGCAGGGCCUGGGGCAUGCGCAGACAGCCGCCUCUGCCGUGGCCGCCGCCUGUGGCUGGGAUGCAGCAGCUGCCCGGCAGAUGUCGACUGGCAGCGGCAGCGCUAUCCAGCAGCAGCACCUCUACAGCGUUUACAUCCACGCGCCGCCCGACAUCCAAGAUGAGGAUCUGCCGGAGCUCUUUCGAGGGCAUCUGGUCUCAGACCGCCUGCUGCCAGAGUGGGGCAGUCACCAGUUGGUGGAGGCCACACGAAGCUUGCUGUGGGAGGCGUUUAAGGAUCCCCUGAACCAGCGGUUUGUGCUGGUGAGCGAAAGCGACAUACCGCUGUACGACCCGCUCACCCUGCACCAACAGCUGCUGGCGGAGGACAAGUCGCGGGUCAACCUGUGCCGCCACUCUGCGCCCACCGACACGCGGCGGUGGAGCUGGCGCAUGUCGGGACCUGCCCUCAAGUCGUGGCACUGGCGCAAGUCCAGCCAGUGGUUUGGCAUGCUGAGGAAGCACGUGGAGGUUGUGCUGGAGGAUGUGGAGGUGUUCCGGAAGUUUGAGGAGCACUGCAAAAACUUCUGGGAUGGUGACUACAAGCGCUGGCGGGACUGCUUCUCAGAUGAGCACUACAUCCCCACCCUGUUGGCCUCCAAGGGCCUGGACGAGGAGAGCUUCUGCCACAUCGAUGGCGUCGUUGCAACCGACUGGAGCGCGGGCGGCCCACACCCCAAGACCUACAAGUCCUGGGAGACGAGGCCAGGGCUGAUUCGCAAGGCCCAGGGACUGGAUCGGGGUUGCAAUGCUAGUGCAGCCAUUGCAGAUGCGCACCGCCGGUAUGUGCCCAAGCAGGCAGCAUUCGGCGCCAGCAGCAGCCGGCUGUGUGACACCACCCUGGCAGACCUUGCCGCCUAUGCACAUGCCCUGCCUGGCAACUGCAGCCUGACUGCACGCAAGGCAAGUCUAGCUCAGCAGACAGGCUGUCUGUUCCCCAAGCCCACCGUGCGCGCCGUCCACCGGCUGUUCACCGACUGCCGUAGCAAGCUGCAGCUGCUCGGCCCUGGCGCGUGCAAGCCCUGA